UGUCUGUGGUCAGGGUGGCGCUCAUUUGAAAUUAGGCAGCUUCACCCACAGCCGUGCCCGCUACUCCUCUGCACAAAAGAGCCAAGCAGGGGCACAGUACCCACUUUGGGGCACCAGAGCCGUGAUACUUUCACAAAGAUAACUACACCUGUCCGCUCCUUUUAUCUUCUGCGAAAGUAAGUGCAAUCUUUAUGUUGAUCUGGGGGUUAUAGGCUAGGCUACAGCAGCAAAAUAUUGUCAUUUGCAUUGGAACAUGUUUCCCUCUUUUUUCUGGCUUUUAAACUACUGUUAACAUAUUUUACACAGCUGUGAUGCUCAUGUAGCUCUUUAAUGUUUUUAUAUUCAUUAUUGUGUACCAAUAUGUCAAAUUACACAGUGAAGUUGCAUUCUUGGAAAAUAAUCUUUGUUGUCUAUAAUUUGAUUUUAUAUUGUCAUUCUGCAACCAUGUUAAACUGCAUGAGCUACUGCCUGUCUUGGCCAGGACACUCUUGAAAAAUAGAUUUUUAAAUUCAACAAUAAUCUCCUGGUUAAAUAAAAAUGUAAUAAUGUUUACAAAUAGAAACAAUUAUUCUUAAAGCUUUGCAUACAUCACAGUCAGUCUGCCAUGUUCAGAAAUAUGAGCCUGUCAGCAGGGCCGUUUCAGACAGUUUGAAAACCGUUAAGAUCACACCUCCUCUACCAGCGCCGAUGCAGCCAUGCCCCAAACAUCCUCAACAGUAUUUUUGUAAGCCCUUCUCUCUGCCUCAGUCCUCCAGACCCCUGUCUGAAGAUAUUACAGUUUAAUAUUGUAUUAUAGUCUGUGCAGAUUAUAAUCUCCAAACUCAAGUCACUUUUAAAGUGUAAAUAAUAAUCAAGACCUGUAUGUGCGUAUUUGGAUAAAAAAUUUCAAUCUGAUGCAGCCAUGCUCUUAAAAAUCUUGUUGGUAAUCGUCCUCUCUGUGUCAGGUGUUCUGUGCCAGUGGGAAUGGGGAGUGACUUACACCCCUGAGAGAAUCUGUGCCUUAAAGGGGUCUUCAGUAGACAUGCGCUGCACUUACUCAUAUCCCCCAUACUGCACUGUGCAGAAAACAUUCUGGUUUAUUCACUGGAAUGAGCCACAGGGGCCUGAGGACCUGUCCCAGGACUCAGAGUACACUCACCGUGUGGAGUACCUGGGGAAUCAGAACAGUGACUGCACUUUCAGAAUAAACCAACUGAAAGAAAGCGAUUCAGCAAUAUAUCGCUUCAGGUUCCUGACUGACAGCCAACAUGGAAAAUAUUUUGGUCAGCCUGGAGUCUCAUUGACAGUUACAGGUCUUCAGGUGAAAGUGACAGAGAAUGAGGCACAGAGUGUAACACUGACCUGUAGCAGCACCUGCACUUUGAGUGGCAGCUCAACCUUUACCUGGUACAAGAAUGGAGAAGUUGUGCCCUAUGAGUAUAAAUACUCCCUCAAUGUAGCCAGCACUGAUGAUACAGAUCUCUACUCCUGUGCUACAGGAGGAGUCACUUCCCCUGCAGUCAAUGUGAAAUAUCCUCCGAAGAGCGUCUCAGUAUCAGUGAGCCCCUCUGGUGAAAUAGUGGAGGGCAGUUCAGUGACUCUGACCUGCAGCAGCGAUACCAACACACCAGUGCAGAAAUACACCUGGUUAAAGAAGACUGGAUCUGUAUUCUCGAGGAGAGGAUCAGAACGGAGUUACAUCAUUAAAAACAUCACACUGCAGGAUGCAGGAGAAUACUACUGUGUGGUAGAGAAUGCGAUUCGGGCAGAAAGAUCUCCUCCUAAACAUCUUGAUGUGCAGUGUGAGUAUAUCAGUGCAUCUCAGCUUCAGACACACAGAGCAGAGAGCCAGUAUCUCCUGAGUAUCUUUAGGAAACUUUGCAAUCGUAAGACACUGAGUAAAGCAGUCACACUGGCCAGUGAAGGGAGAAUCUUAUGAAGAUAUGAUUAAUUUAACAUGAUGAGUAAGCCA